GGAAAGAGCGUAGAUGGCAACAGUGCGCGCAGCAUCCAUUCUCUCGCCUGCUUCGAUCCGGCUUUUUUCCGCAUCCCUGAUUGGUCGGGUGGCACGUGCGUGCCUGAAGAACCAACAAAUUUCGAGGAGAAAUACAGAGCGGAGAGAGUUUGCGAGGGGAACUAGCACUGAAAUUCGGUUUCACGUUGUUCCUUCUUGCUCUGGAUCAGAUCACCGGUAUAAAGUUAUCCCUACCGGCAGGGAUCUGAUUUAGUUUUGAUUUACUUCUGUUCGUGUGAAGACGUUCUACUCAAAAGUGACCCAGUGUGACUAGCCAUGGCUGAAGAGUUGAUCUACCGCCAGUAUUUCUACAACUACCAUCAACACCAACAGUUCCAUCAUCCCCAAACGAUGGAUUUCACUCCUCCCUCGAGCAGUCCGGAGUUUGUCCCGUCGACGCUAAGCUUCGUUCCGGAGUCCUUCGAUCUGCCUCAGUACAACAGCGAUACCGAGUGGAUGACGGCCAGCCCCGGAAGCAGUGGAUCUCCAAGUCCAUCCAUCGACUACAGCCUCACCAGUCAAAGCAUGGCAUCCUUUGACGCAAAAGUGAAACCUUCUUCCUCGAGCCGACCAAUUUCCAACUCGGCCAAGGUCCUCAGCCAGAUCGAGCAACUGUUCGAGGACAGCAGUGCGUCCGAUAGUGACCUGCUGGCCAACAGUGACAUCCCGACGAAGAUCAAGAUCAAGCGGGGUACGGCGAUUCCGACGGUGAUCAAGCGGAAGCGACGUCUGGCGGCCAAUGCCCGGGAGCGGAAGCGCAUGCGAGGGCUGAACGAGGCGUUCGAUCGGUUGAGGGAGCACCUUCCAGCAGGUGGGGACGAUCGGCAGUUGUCCAAGCAUGAAACCCUACAGAUGGCGCAGACUUAUAUUACGGCGUUGUGCGAGUUGCUGGUUUGAAGUGUGUGUGUGGGGGAGAGUGGAUGGGAAGUGGAAUCGUUACUGAGGCGGGCCAUAUAUUAGGAUGUGAAUCAAGUCAUUAAGUUAAUUCCGUACGUAGUUUAUUGUUAAAUAAAGUGUCAGUAUUAUUGA